AUGCCUACAGAAACACUACAGACAGGUAGCAUGGGAAAACCUAUGAGUCCAGUAGUGGCUUUUACAUCUUCUGUCCCACUCCGAAUAUUGAACAAAGGACCUGAUUAUUUCCGCAGGCAGUCAGAGCCUAAUCCCAAAAGACUGAGCGCAGUGGAAAGACUAGAAGCUGAUAAGGCAAAGUAUGUCAAAAGCCAAGAGGUCAUCAAUGCCAAACAAGAACCCGUGAAGCCAGCUGUACUUUCAAAACCUCCUGUAUGCCCCGGAGCUAAAAGAGCUUUGGCCAGCCCAACUCUAAAGAUGUUUAACAACAAUGCAAAAACUGAAAGCUGCGUACAAAGGGAGAAUUUAAAGCUUGAGAUCCUUAAAAACAUUAUCAACAGCUCUGAAGGCUCCAGUACAGGUUCUGUGCACAAGCAAACAUCUCGGAACUGGCCUCCAAAUCGGUCAGACUCCGCUGACCAAAACCGACACUCGUUUGCAGAGUCCUUAAAGGUCUACCCUACACAGAGUCAUGGGAGCCCUCAAGAGACCAACUCUAACAUCAGCAGACGGCUUCUUGACAAAUCAGGUGAUACUUUUUUACAUGUUUCUCAUAGUUCUUCAGACAUUAGGAAAGUUACGAAUGUGAAGCAGAUAAAAGCGAUACCAUGCAGCAGUUCAGCACCACCAUUGCCCCCAAAACCCAAACUUGCAACUCUUACUACCCUCAAGUCACCGGACAAUGAUACUAUGGAAACCAGCUGUGGCGUCACACGAAGGCCAUCACUCCAGCGAUCGAAAUCUGAUUUGAGUGACAGAUACUUUCGUGUUGAUGCAGAUGUUGAGAGGUUUUUUAAUUACUGUGGACUGGAUCCUGAAGAGCUUGAAAACCUCGGGAUGGAAAAUUUUGCAAGGGCUAAUUCUGAUAUAAUUUCUCUAAACUUUCGCAGUGCAAGCAUGAUCAGCUCAGACUGUGAACAAUCUCAGGACAGCAACAGUGACCUUAGAGAUGACAGUGCCAACGAUCGCGUACCGUACGGUAUUUCUGCCAUAGAGAGAAAUGCCAGGAUUAUUAAAUGGUUAUAUAGCAUUAAGCAAGCUAGGGAGUCACAGAAGGUAUCCCAUGUGUGA